AGCACCUUUCUGAUAUGAAGGCCAAAGAUAUAGAGGGAGAAGAAGAGACCUAUGUGACUGAUAUGAAGGCAGAAGAUAUAGAGGGAGAAGAAGAGACGUAUGUGACUGAUGUGAAGGCAGAAGAUAUAGAGGGAGAAGAAGAGACGUAUGUGACUGAUAUGAAGGCAGAAGAUAUAGAGGGAGAAGAAGAGACGUAUGUGACUGAAAUGAAGACAGAAGAUACAGAGGAAGAAGAGACGUAUGUGACUGAUAUGAAGGCAAAAGAUAUAGAGGGAGAAGAAGAGAUGUAUGUGAGUGGAGAUCAGAAGUGUAAGGAGGAGGAAAUCCCUACAGAUAUCAGCACAGCAGAUGGAGGCACAAGCAGGAAUUCCUUGGAGGGAGAUCUCAUCUUGUCUGCAGAUAGUAAAAUAGAAGAUAACCUCACACAGGAUUCUCCAGGAGACAUCCCCAUUACUCUAACUACACAUCCAGUACCUCACAGUGCUGAUACGUCAUCUGAUCCCUCUAAUCGCGAUGACUGUUCAUCUAAUACCUCAGAUUUUGUUACACAUCGUGCAGCUCAUACACGUGAUAAAAUAUUUCCCUGUUCUGAGUGUGGGAAAAGUUUUACAUGCACAUCACGUCUUGUUACACAUCAGAAACGUCACACAGGUGAGAAACCAUUUCCAUGCUCUGAGUGCGAGAAAAGUUUUACACACAAAUCACAGCUUCUUAUACAUCAGAGAAGUCACACAGGUGAGAAACCAUUUACAUGCUCUGAGUGUGGGAAAAGUUUUAUACACAAAUCACAGCUUGUUAUACAUCAGAGAAGUCACACAGGUGAGAACCCAUUUCCAUGCUCUGAGUGUGGGAAAAGUUGUGCAGGCAAAUCACAGCUUGUUAUACAUCAGAGAAGUCACACAGGUGAGAAACCAUUUCCAUGCUCUGAGUGUGGGAAAAGUUUUCCACUCAAAUCACAGCUUGUUAUACAUCAGAGAAGUCACACAGGUGAGAAACCAUUUCCAUGCUCUGAUUGUGGGAAAAGUUUUAUACUCAAAUCACAGCUUGUUAUACAUCAGAGAAGUCACACAGGUGAGAAACCAUUUUCAUGCUCUGAGUGUGGGAAAAGUUUUGCACGCAAAUCACAGCUUGUUAUACAUCAGAGAAGUCACACAGGUGAGAACCCAUUUCCAUGCUCUGAGUGUGGGAAAAGUUGUGCAGGCAAAUCACAGCUUGUUACUCAUCAGAGAAGUCACACAGGUGAGAACCCAUUUCCAUGCUCUGAGUGUGGGAAAAGUUUUCCACUCAAAUCACAGCUUGUUAUACAUCAGAGAAGUCACACAGGUGAGAAACCAUUUCCAUGCUCUGAUUGUGGGAAAAGUUUUAUACUCAAAUCACAGCUUGUUAUACAUCAGAGAAGUCACACAGGUGAGAAACCAUUUUCAUGCUCUGAGUGUGGGAAAAGUUUUGCACGCAAAUCACAGCUUGUUAUACAUCAGAGAAGUCACACAGGUGAGAAACCAUUUCCAUGCUCUGAGUGUGCGAAAAGUUUUGCACGCAAAUCACAUCUUGUUAGACAUCGGAUAAGUCACGCAGGUGAGAAAGCAUUUCCAUGCUCUCAGUGUGGGAAAAGUUUUCCACUCAAAUCACAGCUUGCUAGACAUCAGAUAAGUCACACAGGUAAAAAACCAUUUCCAUGCUCUGAGUGUGAAAAAAGUUUUCCACUCAAAUCACAGCUUGUUAUACAUCAGAGAAGUCACACAGGUGAGAAGCCAUUUCCAUGCUCUGAGGGUAAAUUUACCCCUGAGUGUGAGAAAUGUUUUCUGUGUAAAGCAGAACUUGUUAGACAUCAGAGACAUCACACAGGUGAGAAACCAUUUCCUUGCUCUGAGUGUGGGAAAAGUUUUUCACACAAAUCACAGCUUAUUACACAUCAGAGAAAUCACACAGGUGAGAAACCAUUUACAUGCUCUGAGUGUGGGAAAAGUUUUUCACUCAAAUCACAGCUUGUUAUUCAUCAGAGAACUCACACAGGUGAGAAACCAUUUAUAUGCUCUGAGUGUGGGAAAAGUUUUUCACACAAAUCACAGCUUAUUACACAUCAGAGAAAUCACACAGGUGAGAAACCAUUUCCAUGCUCUGAGUGUGGGGAAACUUUUUCACUCAAAUCACAGCUUAUUAUACAUCAGAGAAGUCACACAGGUGAGAAACCAUUUAUAUGCUCUGAGUGUGGGAAAAGUUUUACACUUAAAUCACAGCUUGUUAUACAUCAGAGAAGUCACACAGGUGAGAAACCAUUUUCAUGCUCUUAUUGUGGGAAAAGUUUUAUACUCAAAUCACAGCUUGUUAUACAUCAGAGAAGUCACACAGGUGAGAAACCAUUUCCAUGCUGUGAGUGUGGGAAAAGUUAUGCAUGCAAAUCACAGCUUGUUAUACAUCAGAGAAGUCACACAGGUGAGAAACCAUUUCGAUGCUCUGAGUGUGGGAAAUGUUUUUCAGGCAAAUCGUAUCUAGUUAAACAUCAGAAAUCACACGGGUGUAAAGCAUUACUAUGAUCUGAUACACAACAGGGUUGUAGCAACACUCCAGUCACACAGUGACACUUUUAAGUUACUGCAGAUAAUUGGAAUGUGUGUCAUUAAUAUAAGACUGGAAAAGAUGACUCAGAUGAAAUUUACAGUAUUUCUUUAUUGCAGUAGACAGGGCCAGACUGCCCAUCUGUUACCUCUGGCAUAUUCCAGAAGGGCUGGUGGGCUCGGCCGG